AUGGCUUCACCGCUCUACUGGCCCGGGGAAUACUACUUCUAUCUCAUUGGCAACACAUCUGCAGUUUCACUAGUUCGCGAUCUACCGCCCGACGUAUCCGAAAACAUAUUGUCACUCCCAUGCGGUGACCCAAGAAAUGUGCUCUAUACCGUAUUCUGCGAGUCGCCUUCGCUGCCACGGAAACUCGACUUCACGUGUGGCGAUCACGACCCGGGAGUUUUAGCGAGAAACGUAUUGCUCCUCGCCAUGAUCUUCGAUGAUGUCACACAGACCGCAAUCUGGGAUAUCUACAUGCACAUGUACCUCGACGACGACUCACAUACCGCACUUGUCGUGCAAUGCCGCAAGCUGCUCGCCUGUUCCGUCACGCUGGAGGCCUGGCAUGCAUCCUCCUACGGCGCUUUCCUUCGAGUGGGGACGGAACACACUCUUCUCGACCUGCGGCGACUUUGGUCGUUCUACGUCGACUCUACCGUCCCAGUAGGAAGUCCACGAGCCCUUUCCACUCGCAAAAUGAUCGACGCGGGCAGAAAGAAGGUGAUGGAACACAACAGAGACUACGAGGUCCUCAUCUCGCCUACUCGGUCGUGUGAGCCCCUCUUACUGGAGGCGGUGCGCGUCUUCACAGAACAGUUCUCUCGUUACUGGAGCACGGGGACAACAUCGUCUGACGCCCACCGUGACGACACUACGGACACCCGACAUGCAAAUCCGACGUUCCUGCAAUCGAGGCGCGGCGAAGGCUUCAGCGUACAUUACGGUACACACCCGUUAGCUCCAUUCCAUCUCGCACCACUAUUCGGGAAUUGUGCUCAGGGAGCCCCUUCCGCACAACAAGCAGUCGCAGCGGCGCAAGAGGAGUUCCAGCAUUGGUGUCAGGCGUUCAGAGCCCGGGUGAACUCGGCUUCCUCUCAGAGCGCCCUCGUUGUCCGCUUCAUCUUGGGGGAUGCGAUCCACAUCGCCAACGCGUUGUCUACAUGGGACGUGUGCGGGGCGACCAGUACUACUCCCCCUUUCGUUUCACCUUGGACAUCUACGACUCUCGAGCUCUGCAUAGCCGAAUACCGCGACCGUUACGCGCCCGUGGUCUUCGACAUCAUCGACACCUCAAACCUCUCUGACCACGUUGGGCUACUCAACAUCCUACUAUCCAUGAUACCUCUGCUAUCGACUUCAAAAUCGUUGAGCAGCGUGCUCUACACAGAGCUUCUGCAGGUACAACACUCUGAUUUUGCGGCACACCUCGCACCUCUUUUGCCUGCCGACAUCUCUGUGAUCACGCUACUGCUGGGACUUUGCCCCGUAGAGGCUCUAUCCGGCUUCAGCAGUUCGUAUCACUCGUCCGGGAUGUUUAGUGACAAAGACGACGACUCUCCGUGUCGGCAGGUCUUGACAUGGAAGCAAUCUCUCUCAAGCGAUCGUGCCGCUUCCCAUCUUCAUAUGAAUCCUCGGGAGCUCGCAUCCAUCCUGCACGAUACGUACAAUCGACUCUUCGGAGAUGAAGAUCCCACCUAUAUCCUCCAGCUUGAACGCAACCGUCUCUCCACGGCAACAAGACGAUCCUCUGUUGUCAAGUUUUCCAGAGAGACAUUUGUGCUCUUCCUUCGCCUCGUACGCUUGCGGUGCCCCAUCCCCGAGACUCAAUGGGCGGAGACCAUUCAGCUGCUCGUCGAUCAAAUAGUGCGUUCUGGAAGCACCAAUGGGCCGCAUCCGUUCGACGUCGUGUACCGUCAGGACCUCUUCGCCCAGCUACAUCGCCACCAAGUCUAUACCCACCCCGCGUACCUCGAACCACGCUCCCCCUCCGGCCUCUUUUCUAGAUGGUCAUCCCUUCCGCAUCUAGCUCGUAUCUACCUCGCCGUCCCGCACCAACACCUUGCCGUUUUGCGCAGUCGAUUGGAGACACCCUCCCUACACGGCGUGGUGCGAGUGCCAGGCGGUCGCUUCGAAUGGGGCUUUCAGUCCGUCGACGCGACGUUCGGUAUGAUAGUCCGCAGUGGAACUCCUUCAAGCCCGAAAGUCGACGUUCAUGAAAUAGCGGGGGGCUUCGAUGCUGAAGACUCUCCACUCGUUGUGUCGUUCGUGGUGCCCAUCUGGGUGUUGACCGAGUCUUCGGACCACCCGGAGACGCUUGUCGUAGAGCUCUGCAUAAAAGCCACCCCGGACGCAAGACGAGCCUUUGUGCACAUUCUGGGGUUACGUCUAGCGGUGUACUCGACUAUUAUCUCCGAUGCUCAACAUGUCUAUAUCGUCCCCGAACCUCAGUGUCAACUCCCUAUGACACUGAUUCCUCCUUCAGAUGCUCCCCUCGUAGAGAGCGGCGGAGGGACCCGUAUCGGAACACAGACGUUCGUCGCCGUUGAUCUAGAGGUGACCACAAAUCGUGUGGCCUCCCUGACAGCGAGGGUUCAGGUCGAGGAUAUGGAAUCUAAGGCGACGUUAUCCAAUGGUGGGUUCCCGACUGUGGGGCAAGCCUCCCCGUUUAGAAUGCGCGUCACCUUGGGAGGACACUCGCAGGAUCUCGUAUGCCCGCUUCCGGUCAUCGGCAGUCAGCACAGGACACGUCUCGCACGCAAGUCAUCAUACAUCGAGGUUGUUGUUCCCGUCGCAAUGCCCUUCCCCGAUGUGUGGGCCUUGCAGUCGAAUCCGUUCCCGGUGAUUCGUACAGGCGACACACUUUUCCCUUGGAACCUCCAUAGAGUGAACCUCGAUCGCCUACCAACCGUGGAGGUCGCUGCACUAAAAGGUCCCUCCGGCAAAUGGUUCAAUCCGCAUGUCAGUCUGCAAAUGUCGCACAGGGAGCGGGAGGCGAGGACACGUGGAGAACUCACCGGCCUCUCGCUAGUGAAGGAUACGAUACACGCAAUCAUGCUCGGGUUCGCGGACGUAGAGAAGCGCAACUCCCCAACCCGCCCUCAAAUAUUCUCUCUCCUCGAUCAAACAACAGGUACAACGGACACCGUGUUCUUUGUCAGAGAUCUGCGCUACGACCUCGCAUGCCACACGAUUGUGUGUGACGCAUUCGUCCUUUCGCUCUCCAAACAGGUCAUGUCAAUCGCGGGUCCCUGGCUCAGCGCGGCGCCAGGGUUUCAGUCUGUGCCGGUUUACGGAGACGAGAUGCGCACCUGGAAGCAGCUCCUGCCUGCAUUGGUUGAGCGGUGCCGGACGACAUGGAGACACGGGAAGAGCUGCGAGUACGCCGCGCGGGGCAAGAUCCCUCUCGAGUUGGAGAUCAUGGCGGGCGACGGGCCGCUGUGCAGCUGCGGCCGCGGGAAGGACGUCGAUGGGAUGUGCAAAGACGACGCGUGGAAGAGGCUUGCGCCAUUCGUCACCCGCGUCGCGCUUUCCCCGCUCUUCGCGGUCCCGUACCUGGAGCCCAUAUUCGAACAUGCGACCCGAUGCGCGAAGUGCUCCUGGCCCGACAACAAAAUGCGGAAGUGCUCGCGUUGUAAGACCGUGUCCUACUGCUCAGAGGGGUGUCAGAAGGCGGACUGGAAGAAACACAAACCGGCUUGCCACGUAGCACAGGAGUGA